CCCCCCAUCCCUCCCUCAGCCACCGGAAGCGGAAGUGGCCCUGAAGGGCAGGAGGAACCGGUACCCGGGGCUUUGCCGCCAUGUCGGCCGCCCUGGAUCUACGCUCCAAGGAGGACAAGGAUGCGGAGCUGGAUAAACGGAUCGAGGCGCUUCGGAAGAAGAACGAGGCCCUCAUCAAGCGCUACCAGGAGAUUGAAGAGGAUCGGAAGAAAGCGGAACAGGAAGGAAUUGCGGUGACGGCGUUCCGGAAGGCGCGUGAUUCCGAAUGGGAACGGCGAUGGGUGGAGAAGGAUUUGUCCGUAACCGUCCAGGUCGCUGUCGCUCCUGGAGAGAAGCGAAUUGGGAAGGACAGGAAGGUGUCGGGAAUGGCUAAAUCAGGACGCGGUGCCGCUUCCCGUGGAUCCCGUGGAUCCGGACGUUCCAGCGUACGGCAUUACGGGCAUCGGGAAUAUCACAGUGAAGCACUCUGGGAAGGAGGAGGAGGAGGAGAUGCCAUCCCAGCGGAGCGAGGGAGUCGGAAUAGGCGCUCACGGGGCCAUGGCGUGGCCGGGAUGGGAAUGGGGGGCGACACCGGAUCCAAUCGGAAGUCUAAGGAAUGGGAAGAGCGCAGACGGCAGAACAUCGAGAAGAUGAAUGAGGAGAUGGAAAAGAUCGCGGAAUAUGAGCGGAACCAGCGGGAUGGGCUCCACGAGAAGAAUCCGGUGCGGAAUUUCCUGGAUGAUCCACGCCGGAGUGGCCCAUUCCAAGAUUCUGAUCGGAAGGAAGGAAGUCGGCGCCACGUCCGAAAUUGGGGCGGAACCGACUUCGACCGGGUCAAAACGGGAAUGGAAAGGGAAAAGAGCUGGAAAGGAGGCGGAAAAAGCCCGGGACGGCAUUCCAGCCCAAAAUCUGGGACGCCGCUGGACAUGACGCUCUCCAUGACGGGGCGGGAGCGAGCAGAAUACGUCCGUUGGAAAAAGGAACGGGAUCAAAUCGACCAGGAGCGCUUGGCCCGGCAUCGGAAACCCACCGGGCAGUGGCGUCGGGAAUGGGAUGCGGAAAAAUCGGAGAGCAUGUUCAAAGAGGGCUCACCGGUGGCUGCUGGCUUGGAAGCGAGUGGCGGGGAGGAAUCCAAGCGUCCUCUUCCCAAACCUCCAACCUUCGGAGAAUUCCUGACUCCGCAUCGGACUCAGCGGCGGAAAAAAGGCCGGGAACGCCGCCAGGGAGCAGGGACCAAGGCCUACAGCAUGCACGACAACCGUUGGGAAGAGAAGGAGCCGCCGCCACCAACAGAGGAAUCCGAGACCCAGAAGGCGGAGGAAGCAUCAAGUGGAGCCCUUUCCGAUCCUCCUGCUUCCCAGAAUCCCGAAGAGGAUGAGGAUCAGUGGGAAGACGUCAGCGAGGAUGAAGACGGAAGUCCGGGAUCAUUGAGCGAGGAAGAGGAGGAGGAGGAGGAGGAGGAGGAAGCACCUCGCAGUGCGUCUCCCGUAUCCGGGCAGGAUGCGGCUCCCGCUCCGCGCGUUCCCCCAGCCCCAAUCCAAGGGGGUGGCUCCCCCCCGAGCCCCUUUUCCCACUUGGAAUAUCGCCGGCCCAUCUCGGAUUGGGGCGAGGAGAUGGAACUGACCUCUCCCCGCAGCAGCGUAGGGGACAAUCCCCUUCCAGGGCCCGUUUUUCCCAAGUCGGGAGGGGCUUCCGGCGAGAUUCCAGGGCUGAGCCCGGCGCAUCCGGAGGGAUCCCCACCCCGGGAAGAAGCAAUUCCAGACGCAGAUCCACAUUUGGAAGCGGUGGAAAAUCCGGCAGAAAAUGGGAUGCAAGGAGCCGCGGCGUUCCCAGCGGAAGCGCCCGCUCCCGACGCUGUGGAGAUCACGGACUUCCAGCGGGCAUCCCACCAUUCCGGAUCGGAUCCUGAGGCAUUCCCACCGUGAAUUCCACUUCCUAGAGACUGUGAGCCGGGACUGAGCCCGGGAGAAGGCAGGGGAGGGUGGAAAUCUGGGAAUUCUGCCCUUAAUGGGGUGGGAACCUGGGAAUUCUGUCCUGGGGGAGUCCCAGAAUUCCCUCUGUGCUGGUGGGAAGGAGCCGUGGGACGCUUGGAAGCGGAGAAGGGAAUUUUAGGGUCCCCUUCUUCCCACCCUUUGGAAUUCGGAGGAAGGUGGAGGUCUUGUUUCCAUCCCAA